UCGGCCAGUGUGCGCCAGCCAGCCAGCCACCACCGAGAAUCGCGCGUGUGUGUGUGUGCGAGCGAGUCGGCCGGCCGUGACGUCACUGUUACGGAGCUAGUUCUUCCCGCGGACUCCCCGUCUCAGUCACAGUCGUCCUGCGGCCGUGUGACGCAACCUAUCCUCAUUGGCUGCUUCUGCCUUUCCGGGCCGUCCUUCAUAUGUUUACACAUAGCGACUGCUAUGAGCAAAUUUAAUCCAGCACAUGGUGUGGUAGCGCGGGUAAAAUUUACAAUUUGAAAAUCGUUUUGGUGUGUUGGUGGUGAUCACGGUGUGCUACUGGACCUUCAGUUGGUUCUUGGUGUUGGUGGAGUGAGUGUGUCAGUAGGUGCUUGUAGUGUCUUACCUUCAUAACCACAACCAUGAACUCAUACUUCGAACAGGGUGGUUUUUACGGCGGCGGCUCGGGCGGGGACCAGGCAUACCGCUUUCCCUUGGGCAUCAGCGUGAGUCCCUAUGGGCAGCCAGGACCACGUCAGGACGGCUACGAUGCUUCGGCGGCCUCCUGCAAGCUGUACGCCGCCCCCCAGGACCACAUGACACCCAACCCCUUCAAGGUAGACUGUGCCAAGGAUCAGAAUGGUUAUGGCAUCAGCAAAGACAUGUCGGGAGGCUGGGGUCCUGCGGUGCGGCCUGCCUGCACGCCGGACCCCGUGGUGGCACGAGGAUACCCGCCGGACCCCAGCACAUCCCCACGGGACCGAACCUCACACGUAGGAGCGUGGAACACGUGUGGUAUGACGCCCGUGUCCCAGCCUCACCAGCAGCCCCAGCAGCAGGCUCAGCAGCAGACCAACAACCAGAUGAACCAGCCACCCUCCAACACAACCUUCUACCCCUGGAUGGCCAUAGCAGGUACGUGCGAGGCGCCCACGUCGGCAGGGUGUGGGCGGCGCGGGCGUGGUGGUGCGGCUAAGCGGGCCUGA